GAGCCAACCCUAAGAGUUGCACAAAUUAUGUCGGCCAUAUGUCUUGAUAGCCAUACAGCACUCACCGAACAAGGGCGAGCGUGGCAUAUUUAGCCAACCGACCCUUUUAAUCUUAACACACUACCCAUGCCUCAUUUUAUAUUGCUCACUCCCUCACCCCAUUUUAUUUUUCUCGGUGUGGGACAAAACAAUUCUUUCUAUCAGCAGCUCUCUUCUUGCCGCUAUCUUUUCUUGCAGCCAUCUUCUAUUCUAACUCUCUUCCACCAAGUACUAUACUUUGUUUAAACAAUUUAAUCAAAUCUAAUGACUUAUGAGGAAUCGAAUCAACUCUUCUCCGAUGAUCACUUGGUUAAACUUCAGGGGGUGUGAAUUGGGUGCCUCCACAGAAUUUUUUUCCAUAACAUGCACUAUCCGGAAUUCUACUAGUGGAUGCACACUCGCACCAAUUCAUCAGGUGAUAAUCUACAUGAGGAAGCUAGCAUCACGUACCGUUGUCGUUACUCUCCAAUAUUGGAUGGCCUUUACUAGGUGUUUGCAUUGCUGCUAGCCACCUGCAUAGGUUUCUCAUCUGCAACGGAUACGUGUCAUUCAUGCAUGUUUGUCCUUCACAAGAUAUUACUACCAUCCGCAGCUCAAAUUCAAGAAUCAUCAAUGGAUACUGUUCCUAAUCCGGGUUUCGGAAGUGCUGCCAGAAAUGGUUCAGGAAAUCAGCUUGGCAAUGGUGCAGUUCGACGGAUAAUACCAGCAAGUGGACCAUUUGUACUUGUCAGGAGGGGGAGAGAGGAACGACGAAUUGGAGUUAGCGGUUCUUAUAAGGCUAUAAGGGAAGCUAUUAGAUGUGCUUUUGGCUUACAAACAAAACAAGAGUUUUGUUUGCAGGAUGAAUAUGGAAUCCUGAGGCCCCUGGACAGAAAUUUGCAAUUAGGGACAUAUGAAUUGGUUGUGAAUCCUGGGGUCAUCAUGACUUUCUGCUAUGCUAGGGAUCCAAACCACAGCGUGUGUGAGGUUUACACAAAGACAUUGGCCACUCAAGCCGAUUUGUCUGACUUUCUCGAUAGGAACCACUGGAUCGGGUUGGUAAGCCGUGGAGACACCGAGAUAAUUGAUAUCAUGGAUGAUCUCCAGAAUGGUUUAGUGUACCAUGGUUUGAAUAAAAUGUGGUACCCAUAGUUUAAGUUUGUGACCAAGUGGUAGUAAGAUGGUGUAGUAAAUGAAUAUUUGCACUUGUUUAUGCUUUAGUAUCUUGAUUGUUAGGGCAGGUUCAGCCUUAACAUGUUAUGGCACAUUCUGCAACUUGAACUUAUCUGUAAUUUCUGAAAUUUCAAUAAAAUGAUGGUUGGGUGAAA